UGGUUGAUGAUUACAGUGUCUUAAUUGCUUUAUAAAUAUCUCAGUUACCUUCCAAACACUUUCUUCACUCUUGCAACUUUACCAAACAAGAUUAAGUUUUUACUUUCUUGUUAAUCUUUCUCUCCUGGAAAAGAAAAAAAGAUUAGUAAGUUGAUUAAUGGCAGCUUAUUAUGUUAAAGCGUGUAGACUUACAGUCAUUCUGUAUGUAUAUGUGACGGCAGUGGCAGUGAGUGGAAGAUUGCUGCCUCUGCAGCCUUACUUGAAUGUCCAAGAAAAGCCUAUUGCUAAAAUUUAUGAUACUUCCAAGUAUGGAAUUUUGCAGCUGGGAAAUGGGCUCGCCACAACUCCUCAGAUGGGAUGGAAUAGCUGGAAUUUCUUUAAAUGUGAUAUCCACGAAGAUGUUAUCAAGGAAACAGCUGAUGCACUUAUUACUACGGGCUUGGCGAAGUUGGGCUACAACUAUGUGAACAUAGAUGAUUGCUGGUCUGAACCAACACGGAAUUCAGAGGGUAAAAUGGUUCCUGAUUCUAAAGCAUUUCCAUCAGGAAUUAAAGCUCUUGCCGACUAUGUGCACUCGAAGGGACUGAAACUUGGUAUCUAUUCAGAUGCAGGGCUUUUUACAUGUCAAGUUCGUCCUGGCUCACUUAAACAUGAAUAUGAUGAUGCAACACUCUUUGCAUCUUGGGGUAUUGAUUACUUGAAGUAUGACAAUUGCUUCAAUUUGGGAAUUGAACCAGAGGAAAGGUACCCGCCGAUGCGUGAUGCCCUGAACGCAACUGGAAGGACAAUAUUCUAUUCCCUUUGUGAAUGGGGUGUGAAUGACCCAGCGUUAUGGGCAGGCAGAAUCGGUAACAGUUGGCGCACUACAGAUGACAUUGAAGAUACAUGGGAAAGCAUGACUGCAAUUGCUGAUAUCAACGACAAAUGGGCAGCCUACGCGGGGCCUGGUGGAUGGAACGAUCCGGAUAUGUUAGAAGUUGGAAACGGGGGCAUGACUUACCAGGAGUACCGAGCACAUUUCAGCAUUUGGGCUUUAAUGAAGGCGCCACUAUUGAUUGGCUGUGAUGUAAGAAAUAUGACUCCAGAGACGUAUGAAAUUCUUACUAACGAGGAGGUUAUUGGCGUUGAUCAAGAUCCACUUGGUGUCCAAGGAAGGAAAGUUCACACAUAUGGCCCUGAUGGUUGCUACCAAGUUUGGGCUGGUCCGCUUACUGGGCAGCGCUACGUCGUUGCUCUAUGGAACCGAUGUUCAAAACCUGCCACUAUUACAGCCGAAUGGGCUGCAAUCGGACUUGAAUCUUCUGCCAGUUACUCUGUUAGAGAUUUGUGGAAGCACGAGUACGCUUCUCUUAAUUCCAGGACCUCAUUCAGUGCUCAAAUUGACGCUCAUGCCUGUGAAAUGUACAUUUUGGCCCCGGUCGCCUCGGUUCGUGCUGCAGCUUAAUAAGACGUCUAUAGCACCGUACAACCUUUUUAAAUGGUUGAUAUCAAUUAGUAUUGGUCAGAGUAGAUAUAUAAACAAUAAGAUUAUUAGAUACUCAACGGUUGCUGGCAUUGAAGUUGAAUUACGUCGGUCAUGUUUGCUAUCUCAAGCUUUUAUGGGAGUUUAGCAGAUGGUUAGUCGUCGGCGUAAGCAACUAGCCUUAGUAUUUCUGCAAGUGCAGAAGUUUGUGUAUGAGCUUAGCUUCUUACAGUAUUGUGUGAUGUGUAUCAGUUGAACAUUGUACUGUGUCUGAUUUGGCUGAGUUAAGCAUUGUAACAAGUGUUUGCAUUGUUGGAGAGUUGAACAUUGUAAUGUCAAACUACUCUCUUUAGUUGGGCUUUUCUGGGUUAAUUACACAAAUGAGGGAUAAAAAUUGAUUUUAAA